CCGCCCCCGUUUCCAUAUUCGCCUUUGGUAAUUUAUGCUAGCAGUCAUGAAAUUUCUUCAUUUGUGGUGUAUGCAUUGAGUAUCUUUAUCCACUAUGUCAAAUUGAGAACUCUAGCUGCUCUAGUAACAUAGUGAGUGACCUUGCUCGUAGGAUGAUACUCAUCAAAUGGGCUUCUCACGUUAUCACUUUUGAUGACUAUGGUGUUUCAGGCCAUUGCAACCAUCGUGAUGUGCAUUAUGGGGUUCGGAAUCUCCUUCAAGAGACGGCACCAAGAGGUAUCGAUGCCUGGGAACUUAAGAAAGAAGAAGACACGGUGAGACUGAGUUUGGUUGUGGAAGAAGAGGGACAAGAGAAGGAGAGUAAGGGAAGGAAAAAUGUCAUGCACAUUUUCCAUUUAUUGUUCAAGGUUUUUCUCGCCAACUAUAAGUUACCUCACUUCAAGGGGACAUUACCUUCAUAUUUUGUGCUUGUCAGUUGGUAAUGCGAUGUUUUCUUGUUGUUUCUCUCAUUAGGAUUCUUAAUUGAUUUCUUGCAUUAUACUGGUGUGCCGGACCAAGCACAGAUGCUCAAACUGUUGUCUAAGUACUAAAAUGGAAAGGUUCUGAAAUGGUCUAAACCAUGAGCUGUGGUUGGAGCUUCUGUGCCUUUGACAGCAAUACUAGUACGAUCUCAGCGAAAAAGAAGUUGUCGAAAUAGAAUUUCAUGCAUUACUUUACACCGUGAGCUCCCAAAUGUUUUGGUAACUUUAAUAUAGCAACACUUUCCACUUGUCAUACACUAUACAAAAAGAUGAACAAAAUAUAUAAAUUUCCGUUUGAAAAAACUAGCCCUAUAGCAACAUAAAAUAGGCAAAUCUCACCACAAAUAAUUACUAAUAGAAAGAUACUUCUAAAUGUCUAGCAACAAUCCUACUUGGACAUGAGGGACAAUUAUUGAUC